CUUCACCCCCACCCUCCGCACCCUUCCCACUCCAGGAGGCUGCAGGGACCCGGCUCUGUCAACAGCGCUGGCCCCUGACCUGCCCCAGGGCCAUGACCUUCCCCCUACUAAAAACCAAAAAAACCAAACCCAGUGCCAUCGAGUGGAUUCGGACUCAUAGGGACCCUAUAGAACAGGGUAGAACUGACCCAUAGAGUUUCCAAGGAGUGCCUGGAGGAUUUGAACUGCCGACCUUUGCCGUAGCACUUAACCACUACACCACCAGGGUUUUCUCCCCCAACUAGGGCUUCUAAAAACACCUACACCUCCACCCUUCCGGGGCUCCCCAAGGCAUUGGGGCCCCUCCUCUACCCUUUCAGAUCAAGAAUGGGGAGCCCUCUCUGCUUCUUGGCAGAUGGGCCAUCCACAUGUCCCAGGGGUCUUCUCCAGGCUCUGAGGUUCCUCAGCCACUCUCAGGGGAAAUUGUGGGACACUGGAGGAGCCACCUGGAAACCUGGUGGCAUAGUGGUUAAGUGCUACAGCUGCAAACCAAAAGGUUAGCAGUUCCUAUCUACCAGGCGCUCCUUGGAAACCGAACGGGGCAGUUAUACUCUGUUCUGUAGAGUCCCUAUAAGUCUGAACAGACUGAAGGCAAGGGUUUUUUUUGGGAGGAGCCAUGAGCACGAAGUGGUGGCCAGCGGACAGACCUGGGGGAGGGCACAUGCCUGCUGCCAGCUCAGAGUGGGGGCAGACUGAGGUGGCUGGGUGCUGUGGAGGCCAGCCUCCCUCAGGGUGGGUGCUGUGCACUCUUGGGGAGCCCUGGGCACCCUCAUUUCCAGUCCAGACAUUCAACCGGUACAGUCAGGGGCCCACUGAGUCACGCAGGGAAAAGGGCCUUUGCAGCAGGUCGCCUCCACCUCCACCCCUUGGUCUGGGUGCUCCAAGGGGAUAAUAAGGUGGAAAACGACAAGUGGGGACCACCAACAGAACUGAGGGUACCUCACGUCUGGCGGCCUCGCUGGUCCAAGACCUCAACCUGCUUUUUCAUUUAUCCAAGGCUGCAGGGUGGAGGACUCUGGGAGGCCUCUGAGGUCCCAAACACCUGCACCCCCGACACCCCCCACACCCCCGACACCCCGCUGCCUGACUAAAGAGCUGGAGGGUUGGGCCUGACAUUGACAGUCAAGGACCAAGUCCUUCUCUCCAUGACUUCCUUUAGUCCUCAGUGAUGGGGAGCCACAAAUCCCCACUUUAAAGGCCAAUUCUUUGCAACAGAUUCUAGGACCAGAGCUUGGCUCCCAGAGGUUGUCCCUCUUGUGAGGGGCAGUCUGCCACCUGGUGCCCAGGGGACCUCGUCUUGCCUUGAAGAGCUGCGUCCAGGGCCAUAUUCUGUUGGUUCUGGGUUAGAAGUCGAUACCUGCCCUCUGCCCCUUCCUGGUUCCUAUCAGAGGCCUUGAAGGGGACCAUGGCCAGCCCCUCACAUUCUGUGGGGCCCUUCCCUGCCUGCCUUCACCCCUAGGGAGGUGCCAGGCCAUGAGCUGUGUAGGGGGCAAGCUUCAAGGAUUCCCAGGCCCCUGGGAUUCCCUGUUCAUGAGCCUGGCUGCCAUGGAGGUCUGGGGGUGCAGCCCACCUCUCCUUCCCUCUGGCCCCUGCUCAUUACUUUCAGGGGCCCCAAACUAGCUGACCCCACUGGAAGGCAGCCCUGCAUGGGCCACUGGUGGUGGCAUGCCUGUGUUUCCUCACCCUGGGAAGCCAGCAAGGGGGGCAUCCAAACGGCUCCCAUGUUUCCCUGAAAAGCUGGCUUGAAGGGCAUCCACACUGCAGGGUCCUCCCCCCUGGGGCAGAGCACAGCUCCUCCCCCACCCUGGCCACAGGGCCAGUGCCCCAGGGGCCUCUAGGCAGGGACAGCUUAUCGGCCAGUGGCCUCCCUGCCCUACCCCUGUCCACUCUGCCCUGCCAGCCCUUGGCACCCCCUCCCCUACCCCUGUCCACUCUGCCCUGCCAGCCCUUGGCACCCCCUCCCCUACUCCCCAUUCCCCCUCCUCCAAGGCCUCUUGGGAGUCCAGCAGCCUUGGGGAUGGGGUGGCCGGCAGGCCAAAGCAGAGAGGACAUCUCCAGCCUGCUCCUGCCCAGUCGACCCAGAAGCUAGGACACCAGGCACUCUGGGCUGGGCAGGCAAGCAGCAGCAGAUGGGGCUAUUUGGCCAAAAUUGAGAGGAGAUCAUGCCCACGGGGGCCCAGGCUGGGGACACCUGGGCUACCCCUCCCCAUUCCCUGCCUGCUGGGUUCCGCCUCCCACCAGACCCAACAGAGCCCAGGCCGGGCUGUGGACCAGGAGCCCAGCUGGCCUCCUUAGCUUGGACCCCACAUGGCAGCAGAUCCGGGUCCCGUUAGGGGAAGGAAGAAACAUAAGAGGCCUAGAGCAAGCUGCCCCCAUGAGGGCUCAGCUGGACUCUGACCUGAGAAGGCAGGCCAGCACUGUCCCUUCCUGGUCAGCUGCCCAGUCACUUUCCAGUACAGCAACUGCCCCAUACCCCUGCCACUCCCUGCUUUCUCCCUGGCUCCUGGAUAACACUGCCAUCCGUCCUCUACCAGGGGCCAGGGUGCCCAGAAGAAGGGCCCCCCAAGCCUCAAGGGAAGCCCCCCUGAGAUGGGCUGUGCAAACAGUGACAGCUGAUUUAUGAGGUGGCUGCUGCCGGACGGACACCCGGCUCAGAUGGGGCUCUGCCGGGACUCAGGCACUACACCUCCCCCCACCCCCUCACAGGCACUGUAAGGGCAGGGGUCCUGUGUCUGGGCCCCAGGCUGCCACAGUGCUAACCUUAGGAAUGUGUCCACAGGAUGGCAAGCUGGACGGAGACUUGGGCGAGGCCACGGGUGGGGGCACCCAGAUACCGUAUCCUUGGAAAGGGGGCAAGGAGUGAUGAAGACCACCUGAGCCUGUGGCUGCAGAUGGCACAGCAGGGAGCUGGCCCAGGGCCACCUCAUCAGACAUGGCACUGGGGACCAGGAGAUGCCCCUGCCCCUCAGUGCUCCAGGUCCUCCUGUGGUGGCUUUUGGUGUCCCCAGAGGAGUGGGCACUCCCAGGAGGACCCCUUUGUCCAGACGUGUACCCCAGCCAGAUGUGGAGGGCAGCUGCCAAGAGGCAUGCCCCCCGCCCAGCCAUCCCACCCCCACCUCUUCCUCCUGCUGCUGCUGCUGGCCCACCAGCCACAGGCCCCCGCUGCUCAGGUGAUGGACUUCCUGUUUGAGAAGUGGAAGCUCUAUGGAGACCAGUGUCACUAUAAUCUGAGCCUGCUGCCACCCCCCACCGAGCUGGUCUGCAACCGAACCUUUGACAAGUACUCCUGCUGGCCAGACACCCCUCCCAACACCACAGCCAACAUUUCCUGCCCCUGGUACCUGCCCUGGUACCACAAAGUGCAGCACCGCCUCGUCUUCAAGAAGUGUGGGCCUGAUGGGCAGUGGGUGCGGGGGCCCCAGGGACAGCCAUGGCGCAAUGCAUCCCAGUGCCAGAUGGACAAGGACGAGCUGGAGGUCCAGAAGGAGGUGGUCAAGAUAUACAGCAGCUUCCAGAUGCUGUACACCGUGGGGUACUGCCUGUCCCUGGGGGCGCUGCUUCUCGCCCUGGCGGUCCUGCUGGGCCUCAGCCAGCUGCACUGCACCCGAAACUACAUUCACAUGAACCUGUUCACCUCCUUCGUGCUCAAGGCCAGCUCCGUACUGGUCAUGGACGCGCUGCUGCAGACACGCUACAGCCAGAAGAUUGGUGACGACCUCAGUGUGAGCAUCUGGCUCAGCAACGGGGCGGUGGCCGGCUGCCGUGUGGCAGCCGUGUUCAUGCAGUACGGCAUCGUGGCCAACUACUGCUGGCUGCUGGUGGAGGGUGUGUACCUGCACAGCCUGCUGGGCCUGGCCGCCUUCCCUGAGAGGAGCUUCUUCACCCUCUACCUGGGCAUCGGCUGGGGUGCCCCGAUGCUCUUUGUCAUCCCCUGGGCCGUGGUCAAGUGUCUGUAUGAGAACAUCCAGUGCUGGACUAGCAAUGACAACAUGGGCUUCUGGUGGAUCCUGCGGUUCCCUGUCUUCCUGGCCAUCCUGAUCAACUUCUUCAUCUUUGUGCACACCAUCCAUGUCCUUAUGGCCAAGCUGCGUGCCCGCCAGAUGCGCUACACUGACUACAAGUUUCGGCUGGCCAAGUCUACGCUGACCCUCAUUCCCCUGCUGGGUGUCCACGAAGUGGUGUUUGCCUUCGUGACCGACGAGCACGCCCAGGGCACCCUGCGCUUCGUCAAGCUCUUCUUUGACCUCUUCCUCAGCUCCUUCCAGGGCCUGUUGGUGGCUGUUCUCUACUGUUUUCUCAACAAGGAGGUGCAGUCGGAGCUGCUGCGACGCUGGCACCGCUGGCGCAUCGGCAAGACCCUACAGGAGCAGCGCCAGAGGGGCAGCCACUCAGCCCCACCUGCCCACAGGCCCCCCAGUGAGAAGCUGCUGCUGGUGAGGAGCAACGGCAGGGACGGAGCCGGCCCAGACCCCUCCUCAGAGACCCCCUCGGCCCACAGCCUCCCUGGGCUGGCUGAGAGACCCUUCUGAAGCACUGGGACCCCCCCUGUGGUGGACUGUGUGUCCCAAGUGGGCGUUGUGGACAUUCCAGAACUCAAUGCUUGAUCAGGCUGGAGUGUGGGGGAGCCCUCCAGAGGCCCCCUGAUAGUGGUCCCCCGACAGUGCCCUCCUGCCUUCACUGUGACCAUGCCAACCCAGAGGCAGGGGAUGGGGUGCAGAAAGGGGCAGGGAGCUAUGCUGAGUUGCAUACCACAUGUCCCGGGUGUUGGCGUGUCCCGUGUGCAUGGAUGUGUCUUCAACAAUAAAAAGCUCAGGUUGUACAGUG